GCGCAUGUGCACCGCCGAAACCUCUGGGAAUGACGGUCUCCUACCAACGUUGCCUGAGUCACACCGCAGUUCGGGAUGACGUCAAGAAAAGUUUGAAAACAUGGCGGAAUCUGUGAAUCCUGAAGACGCCGUGGCCAACGGUUGGAUCCUGGAGUUCGUCUGCUACACGACUUGGAAAGAGUUCGUAGCCGGCGACGACGCUUUCUACCAAGGCAGGGACUUUCUUCAAGGUCUGCUGGCGCGCUGCGUGGAGUCUUCCCCCGAGAGGCAGCGUCGGGUCAAACUCAUCCAGCUACUGUGUCGUCUGGCCGACGGACGGGACCACAGCAUACGAUACGAGGAAGACGGCGAUGUAAGUGCUUUAGAGUCGGCGCUCCCGAUCUUUGACACCCUGGUGGAGAACGCUGACCUCCCCGCGGAUCAAGUGGAACAUGCCAGGGGGCUAAUCAAGGUGCAGAGUGUUCUGGUGUGUUGUCAGGACGGAAACUUUGAUGCGGCGGAGGAAGUCUUCCAGAGAGUCUGGCAAACGGGAGGUGUACAGAGCGCAAAGGACAAGAAGCUUCUCUCAAAGCUGACUGCAGUGUUGAGGUCCAGAGACCCACAGCACCCCACCAUACAGAACAGCUGCACCUACGACAAGUUCCUCGGCUGGAUGGCAGACUUCCUUCAGCUCAUCGUAGACGACUUCAAGUCCCCCUUCUUGCUUAAAGCAGCGCAGCGAAUCGUCCAAGACAGGAUUGAAGCAGCGGAUCCAGAAGACGCGGAAAAAUCCGAGACUGACUCGGACGCGUACGAGACGCCUUCGGAGAAUGAGGCUUGUCCGAAAGAGGAGAACAACGUCUUGCCGUCGCGCCGGCUUCUACAGGAGUGCUUCGUGGUCAUGGCCAAGGAGGAGAGGUCAAGUGCAGAGUUUAGGAAAGAUGUUGUCGGGUACCACUACGACAGUCUAGUGAGGGAUCUGAAGAUGGAGAAGCAGCAAGCAAAGGCGUCGGGAGCUACGGUCAGGAGAAGCCCAAACGGGAAGCACAAACAAACAGAAAAGUCAGAACCAAAGAAAAUGCAGACAACAUCUGAAGAUACAGUAGUCCAGGGUUCGAAUCCACCCACUCCAGAACUGGCGAACAGACACAGACAUACCCAGGCAGAGAAGCGGAAACACGGAGAAAAGGAAGAUGACCCACGCAGAGAUACGAGAGCAAACGAUCAACCAUCGACUAGCGGAUUGAGUAAGAAAGCCAACCACAGGAAGUCCCGUAGGGUGGUACAAGAAGACGAAAGUGAGUCGGAAGAUGAUGACACAAAGGAAAACGCAAAUCAGAAGUCAAGGUUUAAGAAAAGGAGUCGAAAAAACAGGAUACAAGAGGACGACAGUGAUUCAGACGAUGAGUCCACAAAGGAAAAUGCGACACGAAAGUCAAGUUUCAAGAAAAGAACCCCGGAACGAGAGAACGACCUUGAGUCAGAAGAUGAUGCCGCGAAGGAAAAUGCGAUACGGAAGGCAAGUUUCAAGAAGAGAAGCCGGGAGAAAUCCGCGUACGGUAGCGGUGUGAAGGAAACAUGGAGUUCCGACGAGGAAACAUUCCGCUGUCCCGUGAGAAAGAAGUACGUGUACGAAUCGGAUUCCGAGGACUCUGCGGACUUGUCGAGCGCGCUGCCGUGCCCUGCAGGCGGACUUCGCGUUCCCGUGAUUCCCGCGAAGUUUCGCGUGAAGAACAAACUGGACAUCACUUCGAAAGGGUACAUCCGCAUACGGCACCAGUGGAGCGAAGAGGAGGUGUCGAAUCUCAUCGACGGGGUGAGAAGGUACGGCCAGGGCAACUGGUCAAAGAUUCUGGAUAAAUUCCGCUUCAACGGACGCACGAACGUCAACCUUAAGGACAAAUGGCGCCAGCUGGUGAAAUCUCGGGUGGUGAAAGAUUAUCCCUAGGAGAAGUCAGAAUCUGGAAGUGAAUGGCACUAGUACUUCUAGUUAAUAGCCCUAACCCAUUAAUCUCCAAGCAGAUUCCCGAUGGCAAAGCUGGCCAAGGAGUAUAGUUGGCCAGAGAAGAGGUGCUCCUUGGCCAGCUUUGAUACUAUCUUAUGCCACUGGCCGGGAAUCUGCUUGGAGAUUACUGAUAAUAGCCAAUAGUAUACAGUACAAAAUCAGAAGUAGAACCUAGUUAAACUUCAGCACAUUGAAGUAGCCAUUCAGCACCCAUGUCGCUGUUGGUUGUGGAGUUAGGUAACAGGGAGAGAGUAUGCAGGCUUCAGCCAGUAAAGUAUUAGAAAAUCGAUGUUAGUUUUUUAAUUAAUGUCCUGCAUAGGUUACUAGUACUGUAGGCAGUAGAAUUUGUAUUCAUUUAGCUUUACCCGGAUUAGGCAUAUGAGGAAGGAGGUCAAAUAAUCACUUGAUUAGAGUGAUUUAGACUGUAACUUGUUAACAGACUGUUAGUGAUGAUAAUGCAUAUUAUGUACAGGACACAUAAGAUCAAAAGUCACAGAAUUUUAACAAGCAAAUUUGCAGUUGGCAACUUUAACCUUUAAAAGAAAUUAAUGUUGAGAUAAACAGUAUUGUUCAUAGUUGCUACAAGGACGUUACAAAAUACCUCCUUGGUUGCUACAACUACCAAGAACAUUACUUAGGUAAUGACUUUGUAAUAUUUACCAUUAAGAAAGUAAAAUGGCUGUAUAGUUUAGAGCUGCAAUAACAACAUAGGACACUAAUUGUUACGACUCCAUGAUAUUUGCCAUUUAAAGUACCUGUCUGAAUCCAGUGUUCAAAUUGUUGACUUAGUUUUGAGCAAGGUUAUGUAUAGGCUAUAUAACCUCCUUGGUUUGAGCUUUUACAUGUAGAGUUUGUAAAGUUUGUACGCCUAAAUUACCAGAACAGUUAUAUAUGAUUCAUUAUUUGGCUUAUUAUAUUACUAGUACUAACUCCCUUUUUCCACUAUUGCACUAGAGGUUCCAACCACUGUACAACCAAUGUUAAACAGAUCUCUUAACAAUUUUUAUAGAUAAAGAUCAAUUUUUAAAGU